CUCAAACUGGUAAGUAUUUCUGCAUUGUGGUAGACUUUUUGGUGCUUAAUUUACUUUUACUUAAGUGAUAUUUUGAAUGCAGGACUUUAAAGUGUUUCUGCACAGUGUUAUGAUAUUGAUACUUUUACUUGAAGUGACCCAUAGACUAUAAAAUUAGUACCUUUUUUCCCCACCACUGGUUAAGGAGUUUUAGGCUCCGCCCCCUGAACGCGGCCAGCCAAUAGGAGCGCUCUCUGGAUUAGCCUGCUAAAUAAAAGCGGGGCGCACUGUAACUGUCAAAGAGGAGCAGAACCUGAUCCAAAGAGUGCUCAGCGGACCGGAACCAGCGAGAAACCACCGUAGAAGAAGUGAUGGAGCACUCCAAACACACCCAGUACGCCUCCAGCGAGAAGAAGGACCCGCUGGACCCCGGUUCCGUCUUCAACGGACACUUUGACGGGCUGGCGGAGCGGCCGGCAGGCGGCACCGGGCGCGCCGCCGCCGCUCCCCAGCCUCCGGGCGGCGCGGAGUCCGGCUCGCAGCGGCCCGUGAUGGAGAGCUGGCGGGAGGAGCGGACCCGCAGCGUGGAGGACAACGAGAUGAGCCUGCCGUCCCUGGCCAAGUCCUACACCACCAUCCUGCGGGGGCUCGGGGAGGACCCGCAGCGGCAGGGGCUCCUGAAAACCCCCUGGAGGGCCGCCACCGCCAUGCAGUUCUUCACCAAGGGCUACCAGGAGAAAAUCAUCGACGUGCUGAACGACGCCAUCUUCGACGAAGACCAUGACGAGAUGGUGAUCGUCAAAGACAUCGACAUGUUCUCCAUGUGUGAGCACCACCUGGUGCCCAUCUUCGGCAGAGUUCACAUCGGUUACCUCCCAAACAAGAGAGUCCUGGGCCUCAGCAAGCUGGCCAGGAUUGUUGAAAUCUACAGCCGUCGACUACAAGUUCAGGAGAGGUUGACCAAACAAAUUGCCGUGGCGAUCACCGAGGCACUGCAGCCCACCGGGGUCGGUGUGGUCAUCGAGGCGACUCACAUGUGUAUGGUGAUGCGAGGCGUUCAGAAGAUGAACAGUAAAACUGUCACCAGCACCAUGUUGGGAGUUUUCAGGGAAGACCCAAAAACCCGCGACGAGUUCCUGACGCUAAUCAGGAGCUGAGGAGGACUGAGCUCCUCCUGCUCCUCCUCCUCCUCCUCCUCCUCCUCCCCCCCAGCCACCGUGCUACCUGUGUGUGUGUGUGUGUGUGUGUGUGUGUGUGUGUGUGUGUGUGUGAGUGUGUGAGUGUGUGAGUGUGUGUAUGUUUCCAUCUCACAGAAGGCAGUGACAGAGUGUUUUCAGUCUGACUCUUUGUGUCCGUCAGAUGAGGUGAAGCGUGGCCGCUGACUGACACGUUGUUUACUUUCUACAUGUAAACAACAGGAAAGACUUUAACCUCUUUCUGUGUGUGCUCAUUUAUCAAAUAUCAGUCGCUGGCCUCAAAACACAGGAGAAGAGUUCAACAGAAAGAAUCCACCCUGAAAAAAUAAUUAAUAAAAAAAAAGAUUAUCAUAAAAAGCUUUUUAGCAUUUUAGAAAUUAAAAACGCAAUGAUUCAUUUAAAAAUUAAUAAAUAAAUAUAGUUGCAACCCCAAAUGUGAUUUUAUGUUUUCCUUUUUAAAAAAUCUUUUCACUCGUGUUUGACAACACUUUAACACUCUGUCACACCUCAGAAACCCCCGUUUAUAAACUUCCUUCACUUUUAUUCUGGACUUUUCGUUUGUGAACAUGAAUUUAAACAUAAAAAAUGUUAUUAAAAACAUUAAAGACUCUUAAAAACUCUAAAAAAAAUCUUAAAAUGUUUGAUGCAAAAUACGCUGAAAAUGAACAGUAUUCAGAUUUUUACAAUAUGUUUUUCAACCUAUUAUGAUUAUUAUUAUUAAUAAUAUUAUUAUUAUUGUUAUUAUUAUCAAUGAUAUUAUAAUAAUUAUUAUAUUUAUGGUCCUGUGUGUGGAUCUGCCUGUAUGUGCCAACUCGCCUCUCGAUUUAAAACCAAAAAACGACGUCACGGUGACGAGGUGGCCAACAAGAUGAUGAGCUGCAGACUCAAACUUUUCAUUUCCAUGAGAGGCAAGUGUGUGUGUGUGUGCUUGCGUGUGUGUGUGUGUGUGUGUGUUUGUUUGUGUGAGCAGAUGAAGAGUUUAGUGACUUUGUGUUUUCUUGUGUAGCAUAAUUUUUGCAUGUCGGUGCAUCAUGAUGUCCCCAGACCGAUUUUGGGAGGUUUUAAGUGGUGUAAUGUGAGCGUGUGUGUGUCUGCGUGCACGCGCGUAUGUGUGUGCGUGCGCGUGUGUGUGUGUGUCUUUGUGUGUGUGUUGGAGGGUCGGCUCUGAUGUUGAUGUAUUUCGUGGCCUUGUUGAGAAGAACGUCCUGUUCUAUGGCCUCUUCACCAUCAUUGUCACUAUGUUUUGUGUUCAUUUCAACUUUUUAAUCAAACAAAAUAAAUCUGUAUGUGACGACAA